AUGCGCCUAUGUAAAUGGAUUCUGCUAAUAGAGGAUAUAUUAAAAGAGCUACCUUCAUAUAAAUUAUAUGAAGAUUUUAACAAAGAUAUUGAGCCUAAGGAAAAAAGUGAAUAUGAAAAAUAUUGCAACAAAAUAAGUGAUUAUAAUGUUGAUUUCCCAUGGCUCUCUGAUUUUUGCGUCAAAUUUGCAAAAAAUUUAACUAAUGUUGAUAUCACUAAAGGCGCAAACUCAAAACAUCGUUGUUUACAAUUGAAUUAUUGGAUAUAUGAAGAAAUAUUGAAAAAUCACAAAAAUAAAAGGGAUAACGUUUACGACAUGAAAUUUUUUCGUAAAAUCUAUGAAAUAGGAAAAGAAAUUAAUAAUAAAAAAAGAGAUAAUUAUUAUUGUUGUUCCUAUUUUUAUGGUGUUUUGGAUGAGUGGAAAAAAGAAAAAUAUUUACAUGAUUAUUUUAUAAAUUACGAGGAGAUUAAUAAGAAAAUAAGUUCUUCUAAUUAUAAAUGUAACGAAUAUUAUAACUAUCUUAUUUAUAUAAAUAAAAUAUAUAAAGAGCAUAAAGAUAACUGCUGCACUUUUGGUGAUAUAUAUUGCCAUGGAUAUUUUGAUUGUGAUAAUAAUAAGAAUCCAAGCAACCUGAUAUCUAAAUUAAAAUUCCAUAAUCAGGAAAUACAGGAAGAUGGAUUAGAUUCUAAGAAUAAAGAGGAGUAUGAGAAUCCAACAUUAGAAAAUCACAUGAUAGAUAAUUAUGGGAAAUGUAUUGAAACUUAUGAUGUCAAAGCUAAAAAAUUAGGAUAUAAAUGUGUAUUUCCAGAGGAUCAGAAAUUAGAACAAGAAGGAGCAAAAGUUGAUAAUAAUAAUGGAACUGUAAAUUUAGGAUAUCACAUAUCAGCAGUUGACCUAUCGACGUACAAAAAAUUGUUACAAACAAAAUUUAAUUCUGAUAAGAAUGAAGGUAAUAAUGUUUUUCACAAAAUUUUACCAAAAAACUUAUUAACGAUAUUUGUUGAUAUUAGAACUAAAGUACAAAACUUCUAUUUUCACAUAAAAGCAUUACCUUGUUUAUAUGAGAAAUCGAAAGAAUCAGAAAUAUGCAAAAAAUUAGAGGAGAAACGUGAGCAUGAAUUCCUUGAAGAAAUAAUAAAAUCUAAUGGAUUAUCGUCCAACGUAAUCACAGCAUCUCUUAAAAUGAGAGAAUUACCAGGUGUAAAAUGUGAAACAUCUGUUGGGUAUAACGAUCAAUUAAAUUGUGUAGAAUCAGGGAAUGAUGUAAUGAAAAGCACUUUAUUGCGUGUUCGUGGCGUAACUGUAUUAAUCCUAGGGGCGACUGUUCUACUUUUUUUAUAUUACAAAUUUACACCAUUUGGCUCAUGGUUAAAUAGAAAAGUAUUAAAGAAGAAAAAUCAAAAUUAUAAAUUUCAGGAAGGGUUUGAGUGUGAAUUAAUAAAAAAUUCAUCACAAGGCGAUCGUAUGUAUUCAAAUAAAAAAAGAAUUCCUAUAGCUUACCAUCAAUUGCAUAAUAUGUAA